AGCUCUCGGGAGCCCGUAACCUUCCCAUCCCAAGAGCUGCAGUUUCAGCCGCGGCAGCAAGAAAGGCAGAGCCCGCGACUGCAGAAGCAGCGGAGGCAGGAGCAGCCUGGGCGGGUCGCAGGGUCUCCCCGGGCGCAGGAAGGCAAGCAGAGGUCGUAUGAGGAAAAACAGCUUCCUGGUCAAGUCUGAGAAAUCCUUUAUUAAAUGUAGGCUGGCAUCGCUGUUGCAAAAUUUCACUCCAGAAACUUCAAUGUGCUAGUAUGCAUUUUGAAAAGAAGAUGUGUGGUCUUUUCCAACCUUCCUUGACCCAGGCCAGUCUACCACAACCCAUGGAUGGAGCCAAGAGUCUGAAGAGCAGACUCUGCCUUGACUUAUGCAGACACAUCACAGACAUCCUCUGAGAGCCAAGCAAAGAACAUUAAGGAAGAAAGGAGGGAUGACACUGGACAGAGUGCAGUGAACAAAGACACUUGAAGGAGCAGGGCACCCACUGCCCAGAGAGUGGACUGUGUCAUCAGAAUGAGAACUUACCGGUACUUCAUUCUACUCUUUUGGGUUGGUCAGCCCUACCCAACUUUCUCAACUCCGUUAUCUAAGAGGACUAGUGGUUUCCCAGCAAAGAAAAGGGCCCUGGAGCUCUCUGGAAACAGCAAAAAUGAGCUGAACCGUUCGAAAAGAAGCUGGAUGUGGAAUCAGUUCUUUCUCCUGGAGGAAUACACGGGAUCCGAUUAUCAGUAUGUGGGCAAGUUACAUUCAGACCAGGAUAGAGGAGAUGGAUCACUUAAAUAUAUCCUUUCAGGAGAUGGAGCAGGAGAUCUCUUCAUUAUCAAUGAAAACACAGGAGACAUACAGGCCACCAAGAGGCUGGACAGGGAAGAAAAACCUGUUUACAUCCUUCGAGCUCAAGCUAUAAACAGAAGGACAGGGAGACCCGUGGAGCCCGAAUCUGAAUUCAUCAUCAAGAUCCAUGACAUCAAUGACAAUGAACCAAUAUUUACCAAGGAUGUUUACACGGCCACUGUUCCCGAAAUGUCUGAUGUUGGCACAUUUGUUGUCCAAGUCACCGCAACUGAUGCUGAUGAUCCAACUUAUGGCAACAGUGCUAAAGUUGUGUAUAGUAUCCUACAAGGGCAGCCCUAUUUUUCAGUUGAAUCAGAAACAGGUAUCAUCAAGACAGCUUUGCUCAACAUGGAUCGAGAAAACAGAGAGCAGUACCAAGUGGUGAUUCAAGCCAAGGAUAUGGGUGGCCAGAUGGGGGGAUUAUCUGGGACCACCACGGUGAACAUCACGCUAACUGAUGUCAACGACAACCCUCCCCGGUUUCCCCAGAGUACAUACCAGUUUAAAACCCCUGAAUCUUCUCCACCGGGUACACCAAUUGGCAGGAUCAAAGCCAGCGACGCUGACAUGGGAGAAAACGCCGAAAUUGAGUACAGCAUUACAGAGGGAGAAGGGCUGGACAUGUUCGAUGUCGUCACCGACCAAGAAACUCAGGAAGGAGUUAUUACUGUCAAAAAGGUCUUGGACUUUGAAAAGAAGAAAGUGUACACCCUCAAAGUGGAAGCCUCCAAUCCUCAUGUUGAACCCCGCUUUCUCUACCUGGGUCCAUUCAAAGAUGCAGCUACGGUCAGAAUCGUGGUGGAAGAUGUGGAUGAGCCUCCUGUCUUCAGCAAACUGGCCUACAUCCUACAAAUAAGAGAAGAUGCUCAGAUAAACACAACCAUAGGCUCAGUCACAGCCCAAGAUCCUGAUGCUGCCAGGAAUCCUGUCAAGUAUUCUGUUGAUCGACACACAGAUAUGGACAGAAUAUUCAACAUUGAUUCUGGAAAUGGUUCAAUUUUUACGUCGAAACUUCUUGACCGAGAAACAUUGCUGUGGCACAACAUUACAGUAAUAGCAACAGAGAUCAAUAAUCCAAAGCAAAGCAGCCGAGUCCCUCUAUAUAUUAAAGUUCUAGAUGUCAAUGACAAUGCCCCGGAAUUUGCUGAAUUCUAUGAAACCUUUGUCUGUGAAAAGGCAAAAGCAGAUCAGUUGAUUCAGACCCUACGAGCCAUUGACAAAGACGACCCUUAUAGUGGGCACCAAUUCUCAUUCUCUUUGGCCCCUGAAGCAACCAGUGGCUCAAACUUUACCAUUCAAGACAACAAAGAUAACACAGCAGGAAUCUUAACUCGGAAAAAUGGCUAUAAUAGACACGAGAUGAGCACCUAUCUCCUGCCUGUGGUCAUUUCAGACAACGACUACCCAGUCCAAAGCAGCACUGGGACAGUAACUGUCCGGGUCUGUGCAUGUGACCACCAUGGGAACAUGCAGUCCUGCCAUGCGGAGGCCCUCGUCCACCCCACGGGACUGAGCACAGGGGCUCUCAUUGCCAUCCUUCUGUGCAUCGUGACCCUACUAGUGACGGUGGUGCUGUUCGCAGCUUUGAGGCGGCAGCGGAAAAAAGAACCUUUGAUCAUUUCCAAAGAGGACAUCAGAGACAACAUUGUCAGUUACAACGACGAGGGUGGCGGAGAGGAGGACACCCAGGCCUUUGAUAUCGGCACCCUGAGGAACCCCGAAGCCAUCGAGGACAGCAAAUUACGCAGGGACAUCGUGCCCGAGGCCCUUUUUCUGCCCCGACGGACUCCAGCCGCUCGAGACAACACCGACGUCCGGGAUUUCAUUAACCAAAGGUUGAAGGAGAACGACACGGACCCCACCGCGCCGCCCUACGACUCCUUGGCCACCUACGCCUACGAGGGCACCGGCUCGGUGGCCGAGUCGCUGAGCUCGCUGGACUCGGUGACCACGGAUGGAGACCAAGACUACGACUACCUUAGCGACUGGGGCCCGCGGUUCAAAAAGCUCGCAGACAUGUACGGAGGCGUGGACAGUGACAAAGACUCCUAAUGCGUUGCCUUUGUCACCUCGCAGUCCGCCGCCCAAGGACCUGCAGUGGCGACGCCCGCCUCCGUGUCCACUGCUCCGCGAAGGCUUCUCGGUGGUGCCCGUUCCCGACGUCGACGGCUGCAGUCCGGGGGGACCCAACGCGAGGGACUUUUUUCUAGUACACUUUUAUGAGCUUCCAAGAGGCAAAGGUUUAUUUUUUAGCGCAUCCAGUUAUCCAUGUCGGUCAGCCCCCCUCCCAGGCCCCGUGCUGGAAGAGAGAACCAGGAGUGGUAUUUUCCCUUGCUCUCCUAGGGCGGGUUGGGAACACGUUCAGUGUCACUGGCCUGGCCUCCCUACCACACUCCAUUGACUCAGGUCAGCUGACUGCUCUGGCUGUACAUUUCACACGCUAAUGAGAUGAGGGACUGUGCUUUAACGAUAAAAAUAUAGUUUUAGUGGGAAGAAAUGAGGGAGGAACAACUGUGAGGUUGGUCCUGGUAUAUCCGCUCGCAAGGAGAUGAUGGACUGUGUAUAUUGGGUGUGUUUUAUGGGUGUGUCCCAAAGUAUUUAAAAUGGCAUUUGCCUGUCCUAUGUGUUCUUCAAGAACUUUUUCUGGCACCAGUGACUAUUCAAAGCAUCAAAUCCACCAACGUUUUAAGAUUCUGGGUCCUCUUUAGGACUAGAAACAAAUCAAAUGGUAAUAUUAAAAAACAACAAACAAAACAUAAUGAUAUCUCAUUCCUGGCCACUAACUCAUAUUUUUUUUAUAUAUUAAACACACAAAAGUUUGCCCUUGCACCGUAUAAAGAGAAAGGGAAAAUAGCUAAUGAUGUCAACAAAGGAAAUAUUUAGCAUAUUUAAAGCUCGGGCCACCAAAUGUACUACAGAUCACUUAAAAUUACUUCGACCAUCAGUAUCAGUAAACUAAUCACAAGUAAGUCUAAUUGUUUCAAAUUCUCAACGAAACUUUUCUGAGACAAAUUUUAACUCCUUGUCUGUAGUUGUUGUCAGUAUUAUUCUAAUAUACUUGAAAGUAGCCGUGUGAAGUACAAUUCAUAUUCUUGAUGCUUCGUACACAAUUAAGUUACAUUAGUAAAGGUAGAUUAGAAAAACUCAAAUCCUGCCCUCAGAGUUUAAUGGGGAAAUGAGAGCCAGCCACACUUGAACCUGAUAACUUGUCCUUCACAUCUGGAAACAUCUAUAUAUUUAUAUGAUGUGAUAUAGAUAUAUUGUUGAGAUCACAGUGAAAAACUACACAUUACAUGUUUGGAAGACGCUUACGAAGGGAAAAAUUUGAUUCCCUUCAACGAGAGUGUUUAAGAUGGUAUUAAAAUGAUAGUUGACAUUCAAAAGCAUUAACAUUUUUCCAUUGUUUUUAACUUCGUUGCUAUGGCAACCCUGCCAUCCUUGUCUUUGAACCAAUGAUAAAGUAAUCGUCUCAAACUACAACAGAAAAGUAAUGUACAAUCCAUCCAAUCUAUUAUUUCUCUAAUUAUGCAAUUAGCAUCAUAGUUAUUAUCCAGAGGACCCAACUGAACUGAACUAAUCCUUUUGGCAGGUUCAAAUCAUUUAUUUCAUAUGGCUGUUCUAAUGAUUUGUAUCAUUAGAAUCUUACAUUGUGCAGUCAUCAGAAAAUUCCAAAGUACUGUAAUGAAAACAUUGUUGUUUCAAAAACUUAGAAAAGAAAAAAAAACCCAGGCUCUGUAUAUAUCUAUAUAUCUAUAUAUCUAUAUAUAUUAUGUACUUAAGAAUAUGCUGACUUCAAUUAUUAGUCUUAGGGAUUUAUUUUCAAUUAAUGUUAAUUUUCUACAGAUAAUCUUAAUGUCAUUUCCAUUUGGAGAUACUGUCAUAUUAGCACAUACUUUCUAUUUGGAACACACUGUUGUUUAGUUAAGUUUUAAAUAAGCGUGUUACCCAGGAAGUAAAGACGGCACCCUUAAAAUAAGAGAAAUGUAGUCUUUUGGGUUACCCAAUUAGAGUGAAAAGUUUUUUUUAACCAUAUUAUUCCUUGUGUUUCCUGAAUGGCUUCCUAUUUUGUAAUGGACUUCCCUGUAUACUAACAAGUAUUUCAUGUUUUCAGGGUUUCUUUUGCUAGUUCUUCACACACACACACACAUACACACACACACACACACACACACACACACACACACAGGAAUGCAAACAAAAUACUAUGGGAGGGUUUCACUGUAAUGAAUAUCAUAGUCACAGUUAAGUGUUGAAAAAGAUAGCUUAGUAAAGUUAAUUAGUAAGAACUAGUUAUUCAUAGCAAUAGAAUACCACCUUAAUCACAUGACUUACUGUAAAAUUAAAGAGCUCUCUGUCCUUAUGUUUCAUGUCAUGUAAUAAAUUGUAUCAAGAAAGAUAGUCCUGUAAAAAAGAAAGUUAUCAUCAGAAGUCUUCCUUUUGAACUUUUGGGUUAAUUGGAAUGUCUGAGGGUUGACGCUAGCAACUUCCAAUGUUUAACGGUAAGGUUUAUUCUCUCCUCAUAAGUGAAAGUAAGUAGUUCUGUAGUGGAAUGUUUGAGAUGUAAUUGGCAGGUAUAUUAUCCCACCUUGAAGACGGUACAGUGAACCAAGAACAAGUGAAUAUGACUAAAUAUUGAAAUAACUGCUUAAUCUCUUACCAUAAAACCUGAUGAUGAAGUGACUCUCUAAGAAAUUGGAUAAUUUAAGACUAGAGCUGAAUAUUUUAGUACUAGGGUCCUGUAAGUGUUCUCUGAAAAUUAAUACUCUCUGAUGUCAUGGAAAUAAUGAGAGCCAUACUUCCAUCAUUCUGUGUGUGUCUCUCUUCCUUCCCACCAGGAUACCAGGUCAAGGAUCCCAGUGAACAUAAAUGAUUACUGGAGGAAAAAAAAAAUUAGUUUUCAGCUCAGUUUUCAGAAAGUCUCUUUCCUGAUAGUAGAUGUUAGUGACGAGAAAGAUGGCAGGAAAAUGCGAAGAGGUAAAAUUUAAUAUUUGCUUUGGUCACUGAGAAACUACAAUUCAUUCAUUAUAAGCAGAUGACUUUUAUGGAUUGCUUCAAGGACAUUGAGGCCCUUCUGAAAAAUUUUUCCCCUCCAUUCAAAAGGAAGAGUUUCUUCAAACCACUAAAAUGUUCCCUAAAAUAAGCUGGAAUUUUUAAAAUGUUAAGCUGCUGUGCGUAAGUUUACAACCCCAUCACUUCAUGGCCACUUUCUGCUGAAAGGCCUAAACAUUUGUCCCAAAAUAAAAAAUGAAAUCAAAUGGGGGAAGAGAUGGUUCCAUGGAAUCAUAAGUGAGGGAUUCUAGGCACAGUGAAUAAAUGUUUUUUUUUACAGAGCUUUUUAGCCUUAUAGUUCAGUUGCAUAAAGGAGUUUCAGAUACAAAUUGACUCCAUUUUCAAAUGGAACAAAACCUGGUGAUUCAAUUUUAACUCAUUAAAAAAAAAAUUGGCUUAGUGUUCAUUUUCAGCUCCAAAAAGUUGUACAAAAAUUUCUUAAAAGUUGAAUCUCUAUCUUGGAAGCAUCCAAAUUUUGUGAAUCCAAGUUAACUUUAGAAUGUUUCCAUUACUUUCAUUUUUAAGUACAUCAAUAUUAGAUGUCCUGAUUUGCUAAGCGAACCUUACGUCAAAUGCUUUGCCUUGAAAUCAGUAUUUCACUGAAGAUAAUAAUAUAUAAACUAUGAGUUAAGAAUUCCUC